UUCAAUUGAAUUUUCUUUAUUUUUAGUCUCUGAGUGGAAUCCGUAUCGUGCGAACCGGUCCCGCGUCCGUGAAUCGUGUUCUUCGCGUGUGCCCCCCAUCUCUGUGUGUGGUGUAUGUGCAUGGUGGCAGUAGUGGAAGUGCCCCCCCUUAAGUAGUAGCUAGGUGUAUCAAAGAGAAGGGCAUAGUGUUAAUCAAUCAAGUGGUUCGGCACCACACCAUUUUACUCUCUCUCAUUGUGGUGUUUUUGGUCUUUUUGUGAAUGUGUGUGUGAAUUCCAAUUGCGGGAUAUAAUAAAAAAAAAGAAGCAAGUGUUCGAAAAAGUCUAAAUAUUGCAGUGUUAUGCAGAGCUCAAUAUAGCAAAGAAAAAAAGCGCACUAGUGAAGUGAAAAGUGUUCAAAAAUCGCUCAAAAAACAACAACAGCAACAACCACUUCAUCGAAAGGCUGACAGCGUUGGAGGCCAAGUCGAGCAGAUCAUCCACUUAGUAGUACGGGCGUGGUGCGGUACGGUUGCAGUAGUUCGGUGCAACUGAAACUGGUACAAGUGCAGGUCACUUCAUCGUAGAAAGAGAGGCAGAGAGAGAGUGAGGAGUGACGACACGUGGGAAAGCAAGUAGGAUCCGGCGGAGCUAGUCACUUUAUAUUUUACGGACAUGGGCUGUUUAGGUAGUAAGGACCGUCUCUCGAAAGAGGACAUGGACUUUCUCAAAUCACACACCCGGUACGACGAGUCCACAAUUAAGGAAUGGUACAAAGGAUUCAAGCAAGAUUGUCCAAACGGCAAGCUGACGCCGGCAAAAUUCGUAGAUAUGUACAAAAUGUUCUUCCCGUCUGGAAAUGCCGAAGAAUUCUGCGACCACGUCUUCCGGACGUUCGACAUGGACAAAAACGGCUACAUUGAUUUUAAGGAAUUCCUGCUCGCGAUCGACGUGACAUCCAGCGGCACCCCGGAGGAGAAGCUGAAGUGGGCGUUCCGAAUGUACGACGUGGACGGCAACGGUGUCAUAGACAUCCAGGAAAUGACCAAGAUCGUCCAGGCGAUAUACGACAUGCUGGGCGCGUGCUCGUCGAACAAACCGGCCGACUCGGCGGAGGAGCGCGCGAAAAACAUCUUCGCCAAGAUGGACGAAAAUAACGACGGCCAGCUGACGCAGGACGAGUUCCUGAAGGGUUGCCUGCAGGACGAGGAGCUGUCCAAAAUGUUGGCACCUUAAGCUUAAUGAAAAAAAAAAAAACACACAAAAAACUCUCUAAUAGAUAUUAUUAGUAAGGUUAGAUGGGAGUGUAAGAAGGGAGAGAUAGAGAGAGAGAGUUGCAGAGGGGGGAAUUUAACGUGAAUGACAGUUGUUUGUAGGACCCGAAAAAGCUGACGCGAUUUAUUCAAACACACAAAAAAAGGACCGCGUUAGGUAAGCUAAUUAACGAGAGGAAUGCUAAACUUAAUGACAAUGGAAUGAAAUAAUCGUAAUUUUUCACACAAACGCAAGCAGAAAGAAAGUGGAGAAAGUUGAUUUUUUUGUUUUUUUUUUGUUACAGUCAAAACAAAGGUAAGCAAAAAAGCACACAUUCAAAAAGAGCGCAAAAUUGCACCACAAACAAAACCAGUAAUUAAAGCAAAAAAACAUCGUUAAUCGUAAUUGGGUAUUAAACACAGAUGCAAAUCGUGCGCACGCAAAUGUCGAACAAGUUGUGCGAGUGUUGGAAAAAAAGAGAAGAAGAAGCAACUAGGGCAGACAAAAUAUAUGAUAAUCAUUGGAUUAGUUAAUUAAAGCAGCAAAUAGUCAGAAAGAAAGUAAAGAAAAAACAAACACACACACACACAAAAGGCAAACAUAAGCGCAAAAAACCGUGUCAUCUAAUCAUUUUUAUAAUUACAUUGUAAGCGAAAAUACCAGUUGUUAGUGUGUGGAAUCAUAAGCCGAUUUUGAAAAACAAAGAUUUAAAAUUUAAAAUUUUGCGUGGCAAAUCGACCACCGCGUUGCUUCUUUCCCCGUUUUCUGCCCCUUUUGAAAAGUCCACGUGUGUGUCCCUUUUCCUUAGUAGUAAAGCAAAA